AUGGAGAAGUCAUUUGAGUUGCGUAACAUGACAAGAGUCCAGGAGUUUGUCCUUCUGGGCUUCUCCACCAGACUGGGGAUAAGGGAUGCUCUGUUUGCCGUAUUCCUGACCCUCUAUCUAUUGACUCUCCUGGAGAACACACUCAUCAUCUACCUCAUCUACAGUCACAGUGAACUCCGGAAGCCCAUGUACUUCUUCCUGGGCAACCUCAGCUGCCUGGAGAUGUGCUACGUGUCAGUGACCAUGCCUAGCUUGCUUGUGGGACUGUGGACUGGACCCUUUCAUGUUCCUUUCACAGGUUGCAUGACCCAACUUUUCUUCUUCAUCUCUCUCAUCUGCACAGAGUGUACCCUUCUGGCCUCCAUGGCCUAUGACCGUUAUGUGGCCAUCUGCCACCCCCUGCACUACCCACUGCUUAUGCGUCCCCAAGUCUGCCUGGGUUUGGCCAUGGCUUCUUGGCUGGGUGGACUGCUGGUCUCAAUGAUCAAAACAGCAUGCAUUGCUAGCCUGUCCUACUGUGGCCCCAAUGUCCUUAACCAUUUCUUCUGUGACGUCUCCCCUCUCCUCAACCUGUCCUGCACCCAUGUGGCCCUCACAGAGCUGGUGGACUUCAUCUCUGCCAUUGUCAUCCUCUGGGGUUCCCUACUUGUGGCCAUAGCCUCCUAUGUGGCCAUUGGUAGAACGGUUCUGCACAUGCCUUCAGCUUCUGCCCGCCACAAAGCCUUCUCCACCUGUGCCUCCCACCUGGUAGUGGUGGGCAUCUUCUACUCAGCCACUAUCUUCAUCUACGCCCGUCCCAGCCGCAUAGAAGCCAUGGACCUCAACAAAGUACUGUCCGUCAUCUACACAGUGGUCACUCCCAUGUGCAACCCCAUCAUCUACUGCUUGCGGAACAGGGAAGUCCAAGAAGCUUUCCGCAGAACACUGCAUUGGUCCUGA